UGUCCAAGAUGGCGGCGAGACAGCCAGUGGCUAAAGGCGGAAUGUGGAACACACAACAAGCUCAGUACAGUAAGGAGACUCAGGAACUGCUCAAAGUUAUGAUGCAGGAGUCGAAGUUGACAAAUUUCCAGCAGAGAAAACUGAACCAGACCAUGAGGGCCGGUGGGACCCUCCCGCUGAACUGCCCUCCCACCAGCAGUCAGCGACCCCAGCGACCUUCCGCCCCCGUGACCCCCAGCAAGAAGGUCAACCCAAGGACGUAUGCGGGAGGUCGGAGGUCAAAGGAGGCGUGUGAAAACUCUCCAGCUGCCCAGCCAGAGGAUUACAGACCCAGACCUAAGAAGGCAGUUUGCACAGAUAAGGAGAAGGCACGAUUAGGAAACCUGAUGGCAUACGGAGAGGAGCCUCCUGAAGUGACGCCGGCACGGAUGGUCGAGUUACUGAGUCCUGAACCAACUAUCGAGAGGGACAGGUUUGAAGAAUUACAAGCAGAGAUUGAGGAGAGGGCAGAAUUCCUGGAGGAAAUGGAAAACCUGGGACGGGGGAAAGAUUACAGAACAAUCAUCCGGACUGAGAUAUCACAGAAAAUCCGUGAAAUGGAGGUGAUUGACAGAAAACGGACAGAACAGCUGAAGAAGCAGAUCGAACUCCAACAGAAGCAGUCUGAUCAGAAGAGACACCUGGCAGAACAGGCAGAAAGUGCAGGCACUUCUGGGCUUUGAUUAGGCUGUACACUGUGACACUGGCCGGGGGUUUUCACAAUGACAGUGACAUUUUAUUGCAUAUCCAUGCUCAAAUGGGGCUAAUUGCAGUAAGUUAGAUACAAGAGAGUUAUAAGGAAACUAUGCUACUACGAGUUGGGGUGUGUAGAGAGUGUGUCUGGUUAGCUUUGAGUGCAUAAAUGGUAUGUUGAGCAGUUGUAAGUGUACAGAUUUGUCCGUAAAAUUCAGCGUUGUAUAAUAUAUAUCCUGGGAGCUCAAUCAUGCACUUCUAUGCACCAGAAAUCGGUCCUGCCCACCUAAUUUCUGGCGGUGGGAUGUGUGGGUACACCUAGAUAUAAUUGAACAGGGAGAAAGAGUAGCUUUCCAAUGAUAUAUAAUUU